AUGCAUGCAGCGCCGCUGCUCGCCCCCAGGUCCAGCGCGAUGUGCUGCACUCACGGAGACACUUUGGUGGUUUUGGGAGGCACAAAAGGAGAGAGACUUCGCACCGCUGAGGUGUACGAACCCCGCAUGGACAAGUGGCAGCCCCUCGCGUGUCCCAUGAUCGAGGUGCGGAGCGCGGGCUGCGCAGUCUCCAGCGCAAACCACCUCUACGCAAUGGGGGGGAUUAAUGCAGACCACCAAAUCCACAACUCCCUCGAAGUCCUAAACCCUGAAGGAGGCCAGUGGGCCUUUUUGGCCCCCAUGCCGGGGCCCCGGAUGGACUCCGCGGCGGUUUUCGUGAAAGACUCCAUCCUGGUGACGGGGGGCCAGGACGGCGAAGUGUUGAGCAGCACUUGUUUUUAUAAUCCGGAAACAAAUGAAUGGAGACAAGGGCCGUCAAUGGGGACUCCUCGCUACGGCCACAACCUUGUUGUCACAGCUCUCUAG